AGGGGAAGGGCAGGCGGCUCUGGGUUCUUGAUAAGAAAAGCAGAACAACAGCCAGGUAUUCUGACCUUGCUAACUGGUUCUUCAGCAUGAUUUAACCCUGAGCUGUAGGAAUGUGUUGACUCAAGAGUAAAAAGAAAUUGCUUUAACCUGUGACACAGGACGCAGAAACGUACAGAACCAGUUCUGAUGACACGCGUGCGUUUUUAGUGCUUGGAAGCCUAACUUUUACCAAGAGCUUAUUUUGUUUUAUAGAUUUUUAAUUCAAUGUAUUUUGCAUGAGGUCAACUCUGGAACUUUUCAUCGUCUGUUGUUCUGAGUGGAGACAGGGAUGGCUGGGAAACCAUUCCGAGCCACGUACAUCUGGACGAACAUCAUCAACAACCUUCAGACGCAGGUGGAGGUGAAGAGGAGACGUCACAAUCUGAAGAUCUACCAUGACUGCUUUCUGGGCUCCGAGGCCGUGGAUGUGGUUCUGGCUCACAUCAUUCAGAGCAAGAUCUGCGGAGACGAGGAGGUGCCUCGUUCCAAAGCGGUCCGCCUCUGCCAGGCCCUCAUGGAGGCCAGAGUCUUCGAGGCGGUGGACACAAAGGUGUUUGGGAAAGAAAAGAGGCAAGCCAAGUUUGAGGACAGCAGCUGUAGUCUGUACAGGUUUCUAAACAGGCCGACCCCAAGCACAUCAAGCUCAGAGAAUAUAGAUAGUGAAUGUGACAAAAGGAAAGAAGAUUCUGAGUAUUCAAACAACUCGCCUGUCAAGACGGAAAAGUCUCUAGAGGAUGUUUUGGGAAAUCUGAACAUGAACACAACCAUCACACCACAGAUGAUGAAUCUGGGGUUAUCACAGGAGUUGAUGGAUGAAAUAUGGCGACAGCAGACGAUACUGAGGCUCCUGAAGCUGAUUGAGCUGCCUCUUCUGGAGAACCUGUUGGAGGGCAACGAGAGCCCUCGCCCGCCCCUCCACAGCAUGGACAGCGACCCAGACCUCCUCUACACCAGCAGCUACCUCGACCGUGAGAUCCUCAAGGCCUUCAGUGAGGCUCAAGCAGACAGCUGGUUGUCGGCGGCUGUGGACUGUCUGGAGUUUCUUCCUGAUCAGCUGGUGGUGGAGGUGAGCCGAGGACUGGCCAGGUGUGCGGAGGAGACGUCCCAGUACAAGCAGCUCCUCUACGGGACCCUCGUUCAGCACUACGGCCAGCCGGACUACCCACCGCUGCUCAGCAACCACGUCUUUGACAUCCACUCAGGCGUCUGCGAGCUGCUUGUGAACGGGAAGCAGGAGCAGGCUCUGGAGUCUCUUCAGCUCUGUCUGAAGCUGCAGGAUUCACGCAGUAGAGAGGAGCUCCGCAGGUUACUGCGCUUCAUGGCCCUCGCCGCCGGCCCUCAGGAGACCAGACUUCACAAAGAGAUAGAGAACAGAAUGGCUGUGAAGAGGGCGUUCUCCAAUGCUAUUGUGUAUGGGACUAAACUAGCCAAGGGGAAGGUGGAUCUUCUGGUUCUUUUCAUGACGGACAACCACCACGACCUCUUCAAGAUUCCCGUCACUCUGCACAAACUUGUUAGUGAUAAACUGGCCAGUGUCAUUAAAGGAACGGAUCCCGAUCUCAUCACAGGAACAACGUACUGUCGCCGUCUGACUGGAAAAGAUUACCUGGAAACGGUUCAGAAGACCACCAGAGAGGAGCUGUGGACCUUACUGCAAACGAUUCACGAGAACUCGAAUCUGUGUCUGAAAGAGAAGCGCCGUCUGCUCGGACAGUUCUACAGAGGACAUCCCGAGAUAUUCGUGCAAUACUUCGGCAACAGGAUAUCCAAUGUUUAUAUUUAAAGAUCUUCAGUUAAUUUUAUAUGUAUGAUAUGUAAAAAGUAUUGUAAAAAUGUAUCUAUUUAAAUUUGUAUUGAUAGAGAAUGAGAUUUGUUGGACAGUUAACACAUCUGAUGAUCACUGAUGGACUUGAUGAUAUUAUUUUACCACUUACUGCCCAAAAAACCACAUUCAACUCAAUCCUACAAAAAAGUGAACAAAGAGUCCUAACUGCUCGGAGUUGAACACGUUCAGAAUAUAAAGACAGGAAGUAGGUGGGUUGGUGAUUACAGACAGAUGCUGAAGGCUGUGAAUCUUCUUCAGUUUCUGUCCUCAGAUAGUAGACAGAAUGAGAACGCUUUCUUGGCCAAAGUCUUAAAGAAGCUUCUUUAAACUUGUAGGAGGAAAACUACAAAGACUGUUUCAGUUGUUUUUGAUAUAUUAAAUGCAAUAAGGGAGGCAUAAAAUGUACAGCAGUCACUUGGAGAUUUACAGUCGAACUGAACCAGCACAUGAAUAUUUUAUGUGGCCUUUUAACACGUAAUGUCGCUGAACAGCAGUUUUGUGCUGACUGGAGGUGACCCAGCCACUAAUGUCUGUUUUAACACUGUGGAAACUUAUAUUGGCUUAAAAAGCUACAUUUGGAGAUGAAAUAAACCUGUCACAGAAAACAAUUA